AUGGAGGAAACAAUAUCCAGUUUCAAACUAACCCCGAGAAUUCACCUUCGUCGCUACAAACCAAGCGACAUCGAUCUGAUCUGCAUGCUUAAUGAAGAUGAAGGCGUAAUGAAAUACAUCGACAGUGAGCCGCCAUCUCGGGAAGAAGUCGAAGAAGAGGUCCAAGAGAUCAUUCAAGCAUACAAUUUCAACCCUCGAACUGGCAAAUGGAUAGCCGAAACACCGACAGCUGAAGGCAUGGAAUUUAUUGGCUGGUUCCGGCUGGGUGAUCUAGAUCAAUUCUCACAAGAGUGCUUUAGCAAUGCCAAUACUGAAAGCAAGGAAAAAGGCCUGCGGCUGGAACUUGGAUAUCGGAUUCGCCGUCGGUUCUGGGGUCAGGGGCUAGCAACUGAAGGAGGCCGAGCUCUUGUUCGAUACGCCUUUUGUUCCCUGAACGUCACCCAGGUAGUGGCCGGGACGAUGUUUGUCAACUCGGGAUCCCGUCGUGUCAUGGAGAAAUGCGGUUUGAAGCAUGUAAAGACACUCUAUCUGGAGUUUCGUGACCCGCUCCCGGGGACAGAAUUGGGUGAAGUGUUCUAUGCUAUCACUAGAGAGGAGUGGGUGGAUUCUGUUGGUAACUGCGAAGAAACUAUAUCUAAUGGGCUUGAAUAA